GUUGCAGUAAUGACAGAAAAUACCACUUGCACACGGAAUUCUGAGACUAAUAUUGCUCAGAUAUUGCUAUGUGGAAACUUGUCAGCAAUGACUGAUGUUGAAACCUCGUAUGCAGACUUCAUCGCUUCAGGAAGGACCGGACGGAGAAAUGCACUGCACGACAUCCUGGGUUCUCCAUCUGGUGUAAACACAAGUGACUUAAGCCUUAAAUUAGCAGAGCUGAAUAUUGAUAAAAAAGGUGAAAAUGUUUGAUAUUAUCAGCUCUUUUAACUUGUGUUCUUCGUGUGUUGACGUGAUCUUUGUAAUCAAAUUAUUGGAGAAGGAAAGUCUUUGUUGUCCAUCAUUUAGACUACAGGCAGUAAGUUAACUUAUAAGUAAACCAACUGAGAGAUUCAGAUAACGUUCUAUCCUUAAUUAAUUUGGUUUUGGUUAACAUUCGGGUUAUUG